AGAUUCUUUAUAGUCUGAGCUAUUGAGAUGCCAUAGAAGCAACUUAAAUGACAAUCGACAAAUGAAUGGGUAAAGAAGAUGUGGCGGAGGCUUUCCAGUGGGCCAGUGAUAGGAGUUCGCCUGCCAGUGCAGGGGACACAGGUUUGACCCUGGUCAGGGACGAUCCCAUGUGCCCCGGGACGACUGGACCCUGAGCUGUGGGAGCCCAGGUGAACAGAGCCGGGGCUUUGAGACAGGAGAAGCCUCUGCAGCGAGGCCUGUGCGCACCAACCCCGCUCUGUCCCCAACGUCUGUCCUUGUUGCCCAGCAGGUUCCCUGGAUCCUGGGGCUGAGACACGUUAGCUUUACUCCUCAUUCUCUGACAUUUGUUCUCCUUCCCCCUUCAAGGAACCUCACACUGGUCAGAAUGGCCAUACUGAAAAGUCUAUGAGUUUAGGAUGCUCCGGGACUUGGCGAUGGACAGGGAAGCCUAGCUUCCAGUCCAUGGAGUCACAAAAUUCAGACGUUACUGAACGACUGAACUGAACUGAACUGAGCAAUCAAUAAAUGCUGGAGAGACUGUGGAGAAAAGAGAACCCUCCCACACUGUUGGUGGGAAUGUAAAUUGAUACAGACACAAUGGAGAAAGGUAUGGAGAUUCCUUUCAAAACUAAAAACAGGGCUACCAUGUGGUGGUGAUUCAGUUACUAAGUCCUGUCCAACUUUUUGCCACCCAGGGGACUGUUGCUCGCCAGACUCCGUCCAUGGAAUUCUCCAGGCAAGAAUACUGAAGGAGACCAAAAUGACACAAUGAUCUAACUAGGAAGAUUCUGGCUAUCAGCCCAAGCACAGCUCAAGUACAGCUCCAAGGAGUGGGAAGAGGCGGCGGCAACAGCCCUUGGGGCGGCGAGUGGGGCAGCGUCCAGGAUGUAAGCGGUUUCAACCUGGUGACGCCAGCGCCCGCCCGGCCCCGCCCCGGGGUUGGCCUCAGCGCAGAGGAUCUGCCGGUUGCCACAGAAGUGCAGAACGUGCCCCCGAGGAAAGGAUCCGCUCACCUGACCUGGCAUCCUCCUCUCGUGCAAAAUUGAGAUCCAGGUGGCAAAGGGAGAGAUGGGUGGCCCCGAGACCUGCCUUGGCUUCCUGGUCCUGCUUCUGAUUGUCUGGUUCAGCGGGACGCCCGGCGACGCUCACUCUCUGUUCUAUAACUUCACCAUCGAUCCUCAGCCCAGACCUGGACAGCCGUGGUGUGAAGUUCAAGGCCAUGUGGACAGAGAGGUUUUUCUCUCCUAUGAUUGUGGUCAUGCUAAGAUCAUAUUCACAAGUCCAUUGGGAGAAGAAGUGAAAACCAUAAAGGCCUGGGAAACACAGAUCGAAACACUUGGAGACAUCAGGGACCACCUGCUUGACUUUACACUGGAGAAACACACGGUCAUGGACCCUCUCACCCUGCAGGCCAGGAUGACAUGUCGCUGUGAGGAUGACAGACAUAUCAGUGGAUCCUGGCAGUUUGGCUUGAAUGGACAAAUGAGCCUCCACUUUGAUUCGGAGAAUGGACACUGGAGAGUGGAUCACCCUGGAGGCAGAUGGAUGAAAGAGAAGUGGGGGAAUGACAGAGCUGUGACCAAGUUCCUGAAGAAGGUCUCCAUGGGAGACUGUCCGGCCUGGCUUCAGGCUUUCAUGGUGCGCUGGGAGAAAAUGUUGAAGACCUCAGCAUCACCGACCAUGGGCCCCCCUACAGUCCAGCCCACGGCCACAGCCACCAAGUCCAAAGCCUGGAUCCUCCCUUUGGUCCUCACCAGUUUCAUCAUAACUGUCUUCCUGGGCUGAGUCCUUUCAAGGAACAGGUGAUGCUGCUCCUAGGAAGCCCGACAGGUGCUCUCCGGCCUCAGGCCUCAGUCUUUGCUUGGCCGCCUUGGUUCCCCUUCUGCUCACUUUAGAGCCAGGAGGUCAGACCCAGGAGUUCGGAGCCUGCCUUCCCGUUGUGAUGACAAGUGGCUGCGCUGUCUCGUAUCUCUUCUCACAUCUGGGGAACAGACUCCUCAGUCUCUUUUUAUUCCCCCAACUGAUUUUACCUCUUUUUCUUGGUGCUAAGUGAUGGAAUCCAUGCACCUAAAUGUUCAGCUACUUGAACAAGAAAUCUCCACAAAUAGGAAACUUUCUGUUUUCUUCCAGUUUGUGAAAAAUCAGACUCUUUUCUGUAUGGCAAUCUCAUUGUUGCAAAUGGUGAUAAUAUAAGAAAAAUACCAUCUGCUAUUACAGGACUCAGGGAUUCUUUCUAUGUUCAGAGAAAAAACUUCAGAGUAUUUUCAACAAAACAAAAUACUAUGCCUGAAUGUCUCUUUUAGUCAUUUUAUUUCCUAAUAUGAAUAUUUAAGUUAGUAUCUCGCUAUUGCAAAAGACAUGAAUACUUCAAGUUUCUUUUUCUAAUCAAGGAGGGACCUUGGGACAUUUCACCCUUUUUCCACCUUUUGGGAUUAAAUAGAACUGAUGAUUCAGCUACAGUUAUUGUGAAAGCAGAGAGUAAACAGAACCCUCUUAAACUAACAUGCAGUCUAGCUGUCGAUCCCAAUCCUGAUACCUGGAUCCAAAGACAUAUCCUGGAACUUGUGCAAUGAAAUCAUUUUUUAUUUCAUCAAGAUCUGCAUCCUCAGUAGUGACUCUGCUGUGUUCCUCUGUGCCUCCCCCUCUCGAAGGAUAAGCCAGACUUCACAGCACAAACUAUAUCUGUUUUGAAAAGUAGAUUUAUUUCCCCAUUGACAGAGGAUCAUAUUCAGAAUAGAUAAUGAAUUACUACAAAUAAAGAAGAUAAAUUGUACCUUUUUGGCCACUGAUUGAGCUGUUCACAUAUGGUGAAUUGUUGUUCAGUCGCUAAGUUAUGUCCAACUCUGUGACCCAAUGA